AUGGAAAAUCGAAUGACAGACAUGCAACGGCAGAUAGAUUCAAUGUCGGCUCAAAUCCGGGCCUUGCAGAACAAGUCGAAAUGGCCUAAUAAUUCCACCCCAUCAGACAUGAGUGCAACCCAUCACGCGGACGGUCGUUGGGCUAGUCGUGGUCGUCCGGUUUCUCCAAGCUAUGUCGGCCCUACCAGCGGUGAAUUCGGAUUGAAUGCUCUUCCGGAUGAUGCAAAUGAAGAUGAAACGGAGCAUUCUGAGGAUGCUCUCACGUCGGUCCCAGUCAGCCCGCGCCUUCAGGGACAGAGACAGAUCAGCAAUAUACCGAGCAAUCCUCUCCUGGCUCUAAGUGAGACAGAUGCCUUGAAGUUAGUUGACAUGUACGAAGAUGCUAUCGGUAAGAUGUAUCCUAUAGUGGAUCUAAAAAGCAUACGAAGGUACAUUGUGGACUACUAUCGCCGACGCCAGAACGGAUCCGUGGACAAUUUGAAUACUCCGCAGAAUGGGAAUCAAGACUGGUGGUUUUCUGCGCGAGAUGCUGAGAUUUUGAAAAUCGUGCUUGCUAUUGCCCUAAUAUCUGAAUCCCAUGGGCGGAGUGAAUUGGGUGAUAUUCUUGCGGCAAAUGUUGAAAAUACGUUUGCGUCAACACGAACGCAGGUGCCCGAAGUUGAUAUGAAGGAGUUGAUCAUUCUGAGUUUGGUGGCUCUGUAUCACUCUUUACGAGAUGAUGAUGUGCUAGCAUGGAGAACAAUCGGCUCAGCAGCACGAGGUGCCUUGCAACUGGGUCUCCACAGAUGGGACACAUGGCUCAGAACCGGUGGCAUCUUCCCUGGAGAUCUCGAGCGCUCCUGGGCUAUCAACUUGUUCUGGUGCUUAUAUGUCUUUGACAAGGAAUUCUCAUUUGAAACGGGACUUCCAUUUGCCAUGAGAGAUUCCGAGAUUGACACAAAUCUUCCUGAGCCGGUCGAGUACAACCCGUAUCUGACUUGCAUGAUCUCAUACUGCCGGGUAGGUAGUAAUAUUUGGGAUCUGGUGGUCGGAUGGGGCGGUACAGCAAGAGCCGUGACGGCAGAUAAUUGCGCCUACCUUGACUUUCAGAUCAAGCAGUGGCAGGACUCUAUUCCACACGAGUUCAGAUUGAAAAAUGAUCACGGGGGUUGGGCCCUAUCCACGGAAAGCGAAUGGCUUGCGGUGUCGCAGGUCCUCUUCCACAUGCGAGCAAACCAGCUUGGGAUAUUGGUUUACAAACAGAACCUGCUCGACACUCAAACGAUCCAGAAUAAUUUAGACGGCGCGAAAACGGCAGUCGACAAGGCCAGGGAUACUAUUCAGACGCUGGACAAAUUUAGUAGCGUAUUGGCUCUCUACUCGCACCGUCCAGAGCCGUUUAAUCGCUUCCUCUUCUCGGCGCUGGCCACUUUGUUUCUUGCAGUAUCCCAUGCACCUAAUGUGUUCACGCAGCUAUGUCGCAGUGAUUUCUACAAGGCGCUGGACACGUUGAAACGAUCACCCACGCGCGGGAAAUAUUCUCGCAGGCUACAAAAGGUCAUUAAGAACCUCAAGCGCAUCAACAUCAAACGCCGACCAAAUAAUAAUGAAGUCCUAUACAGACCAAUGGCGGGUCCAAAAAUAUCGACCCAGACGUCUCUUGCCGACCCUAUCCCAAUUACACCAACUACUCUCCCUGCCAGUAUAGACAAUGCAGACUAUGAUACAGUUCCUUCGUCCCUCGUCCACGAAGGGGGCUUCGGUAAUAAUACCUACAGCGAUCUAACCGAUUUUUUCGAACUGGCGGGAGACUGCUUCCUGGAUUCUCAAACUGAUAACAUAGGCAGCGAGAUUCCUGGCCAAGGAGUCGCAGCUGAGCCAGCCCGACAAGGUGCCUACUCGAUUGACAUAUUCCAAGCCGAAGACGAGACGCUUACCCGAUUAAUGGUGGGUCUUCUCUGA